AUGGGCAUCAGUUCUCUAGUGUUGUCUGAUAUUGAAGCUGCAGUGAUCGAUCAAACGUAUCACUGCAAGAUCCUCCAUGUCAGCAACAACCACUGUUUUUUUAACUCAGGUUACAUCUGCAUCUACAAACGGCGCACAGACACUAAAACCGCCGGCUGUGCAGUGUGUUACCACAGCAACCGCUUCACCCAGCUGUCUGUCAACUUGCUCGAGUUUUACAGAUCUGACUGCGAGCUACUUAAUCGUGACAACAUUGGCAUUGUGCUGCUUCUCCAGCCAAUCACAGAGCAGGACACAGCACUCCGCCCUAUAUGUGUGGCCAACACACACCUGGUGUUUAACCCGCAGAGAGGCGACGUGAAGCUCGCACAGCUCGCCAUUCUAUUGGCUGAAAUUGACAUGAUGAUGAAGUGUAAGAGUGAAGGACGAAGCUGUGAGGUGAUCUUAUGUGGAGAUUUUAACUGUUUACCCAACACACUCAUCACCAGUGGACAGCUCUACUACCACGGCUUACCUGCCUGGAUGGUGAGUGGAGCUUCCGGUGCUCUCGGGAAAACACAUCUUUUCAUUACAAUCCAGAGAGAUAAACUACAAUACAGUCAUGAUUUUCUCUGUCAGUUGCGUUGUGAGGCAGCGUGUGUGCGGCCACCAGACCUGGAGUUCAUACCUGGAGUCACUGACAAUAAACCAGAAAUCCAAAUGUUCAGUCCAAGGUUCCGAUACAGUUUAUAUCACUCUCUGUGUCUGACGUCAGUGUACAGUCACAUCCACCCCGACACUCAGAACAGUGCUGUGACGACUCUUAACUCUGAGGGCAGAGCCAUGGUUGACUACAUCUUUUACUCCACACAGACAAACUGUUGUGGUGGAUGUACAGCUUUGUUAUUGGAGUCGGAUCUCUGGUCACUCAAGGGACUUCCCAACAAAACAUUUCCCUCCGAUCACCUCAGUCUGCUGGUCCGAUUUCAGUUCUGUAGAGUUUUUCAUGGUAAAAUAAGAACAGGUGCUACUUGUCAUUUAUAAUACACUUCUUUUACAGAUAUCUUUUAUUAAAACUGAGUUCCGAGAUGUGCUACUUUGUUUAGGGUUAGGAUUGUUUUUCAUUUUAACUAUCGACGCAUUAAGUAGUUAAAAGACAUUUGACAUUUAUGGCCAGAUGAAUAUAU